AUGUGGUGUAUUGAUGUGUAUGAGUUUGCUGCUGCUGUGUUGCUGCAGCUAUCGGAUUGUGUAUCGCGGCAGCAGCAGCUGCAGCAAGCAGCAGCAGCAGCAGAAGAUGUAUACAAUCGUUUAUGUAAGAAAUAUGGAAUAGAAGAAGCAGCAGCAGCAAACGAGUUGCUGCUGCAGCAGCAGCUGCUGGCGUAUGUACAUAACAAACUCCCGCUGCUGCUGCAGCAGGCAGAGCAGCUGCUGCAGCAGCAGUGCAACAACAUUUUAUUAUUUUAUAAAUCCUUCGCUAGACAAACAACACAAAAAAAUAAAAACAAAGAAAUCACCUUGCCGCUUAUAGAGCUGCUAGGAGAGAAGUAUGGAAUAGAGGAAGCAGCAGCAGCAAACGAGUUGCUGCUGCAGCAGCAGCUGCUGGCGUACGUACAUAACAAACUCCCGCUGCUGCUGCAGCAGGCAGAGCAGCUGCUGCAGCAGCAGUGCAACGAUAUUUUAUUAUUUUAUAAAUCCUUCGCCAGACAAACAACACAAAAAAAUAAAAACAAAGAAAUCACCUUGCCGCUUAUAGAGCUGCUAGGAGAGAAGGGAAAUAUAGAUAUAGAAGCAGCAGCAGCAGCAGCACCACACAUUGAAAUCUUACAGCAGCAGCAGCAGCUGCUGCUGCAGCAGCAGCAGCAGCAGCAACAGCAAAAUACAGAUAUUAUACAAAUUGAAAUACAGCAGCAAGGGAAUGAAGAAGAAGAUAAAGGCCCCGAAGAAGCAGCAGCAGAGGAGACAGUGUGCUGGGUAGUUGAUGAGGGCAGCAGCAGCAGCAGCAGCAGCAGCAGCAACAGCAGCAACAGCAGCAGCAACAGCAGCAGCAACAGCAGCAGCAGCAGCAGCAGCAGCAUCACUCGUACACUCCUAGGAAACGAUGCAACCCGCCGGCAGCUGCUGCUGGAGCUCACGGAGUUGAGGGGCUUUCUGUACACUCGUUUGCUGCAGUCUGCUGCAGCACACAGCAGCAGCAGCAGCAGCAGCAGCAGCAGCAGCAGCAGCAGCAAACGGAAACAGCAGCAGCAGCAGCAACAGCAAACCCUUUAA